CUGACACUUUUAAUUGUUGAAGCGAGGUAAUAUCAAAAGCCGCUCCGUUGGGUAUUUUCCAGGCURCAUACAAAGUGUGACGCUGUUUCGCUUUCUAGUUUCAAUUUUGGGAUUGCCACAAACAAGCGAGUUGUGUUUAAGUUUACUUCUCCAAGCAAAUCGCCCGAGAAAAUUCAACACAGACUGUUCAAUUUAGCCAUGUUGUCUUCCUCUGCAAGUACGGCUUUGACUAUAGUUUUCUCUGUCCUMUUGGUAGUGAACUUGGUUGGAAAUUCUCUUGUUUGCUAUGUGGUUCUUGGGCAUCGUGCCAUGCGUACACCAAUGAACUAUCUCCUGGUGAAUCUCGCCGUAGCGGAUAUGUUUGUGGCUACAUUCUUCGCUCCACAGUACAUCUUUCGCCGCGCGUUUCAUCACCCAGCUGGGAAAACCGGAGACUUUUUAUGUAAGUUUCUUACGGGCGGAUUUCUCACAUGGGUCGGAGGAGCAGCCUCUGCGUUCACUCUAGUCUCUAUUGCUUUCGAGCGGUACUAUGCUAUAGUUCACUCGCGUCUUGAGAGGAGACAGAUAACGAUUAACAAAGUCAAAGGGUUGAUACUUGCUUGCUGGUUCUACGCGUUCACGGUCGAGUUAUCCCCCGUGAUUGUCAUGAAGUAUAACCAUACAAUCGAUGCAUGCUAUGAAGACUGGCCAAGCAUUACAUUCCCAAAGGUYUACACCAUGAUCACCUUCUUUCUAGAUUUCGCUUUACCGAGUCUCAUAAUGGCUUACCUACACGCACAGACUAUCAGAGUCCUAAGAAUCGAAACUAGAAACAUGGCCAAAACAGGAGAUACGCAGUUUGCUACCUUAAAGGCCAAGAAACGAAUCACCAUCAUGGUUGUCGUGGUAACGGUCAUCUACAGURUUUGCUGGUUGCCGGAUGUGACGUCGUAUCUACUGGCGUAUUACGUCACUGGUUUUCAGUAUGGUUCUUUACUGUAUCAUACGUCUACUGUGUUCGUGUGCGUCAACUCAUGUGUGAAUCCUUUYGUGUAUAGCAUYCAGAAUAAGCGGUUUAGGAGACAUUUGAAGGAGCUGUUCUUGURCGGUAGGCGUAAUAAUCUAGUGUGGGAUAUAUCGCAAAAUACAGCUGGGACAGAAUCGACGAUAAAUAGAAGGGAAAGACCGCAGCAAGAUGACAUCAGAAGUAGAAAAAAUAACGGUGUAGGRAUCACGUGCACGAGUAGCCCAGGACAGGAGCCGGAGCUACUUGGACAGAUUGGUGUACAGUGAUAGUAGGUUACGAGCGAGAAAACCAAACAACUAUACACUCAGGUACUUAACGAUAACUAAUUUAAACAAAAACAUAGUGACUUAAAGCAAACAAGUAAAGAAGUAA